AUGAUGCUCCUCUCCUUCUGCAUUUUCACUCUCUCUUUGAACGUGGUCUUCUCUAUGGUCAUUCCUUGCCACCCCCCGAAGAACUCCUCGGAUAUCACGCCCUUUCAACUCACCCUUAUCGCGCCUUCGACGCGCGCGUGCAACAUCUCCGCCCCAUUCACUGACGAGUGCCGAACGGCCGAACAAGCCGCGCCAUUUAUCAACAAGGCCUUCAACGACUACGCGAUUGCCUCCGUCGGCGAGAAAGCCGCCAUCCUGAGCUUGAUGCUCUUCGAAACCGGCGAGUUCAAGUUUGAUAAGAACCACUUCCCUGCGCCAGGACGAACUGGUCAAGGAACGCGGAACCUCAUGACCUUCCCGUUCGUCCACCAAUACGCCCUCGACACCCCUUCUACGCACUCCCGCGCCCUUGGCCUCGCAGGGACCAAUGCCACCGACCCUAUCUAUAUUAUCCGACGGAUUACAGGGUGUAAUCGGUCGACCUCCUCCGUUCGCGGCGCAACAACUUCACACACCUCCGUUAGGGUGUUCUGA